AUGUUAAAUUGGAUUUUUUCCGUAGGUAUUCUUUGCGGCAAAUGUGGAAAACAGGGCAUUUCCCUGAGAACUAGUCUGACAUUCAACCAAAACCACGCUGGAAUAUUUUUGGAUAAACUAGAGGAGGUUAUUAAAGAAACGGAACUGUACAAACCACCCCCAAAAAAAACUGAAAAAGCAGUUGAAUUUUCGGCGACAAAGCCAGCAAAAUCCAACGAAAUUCCCAAGGAAAAACGCUCGAUUUGUGACUCUAUAAAAAAGCACAGUAAAACAGCUGAAGAAAAGCCCUCUAUUUGUGAUUCCGUGAAAGAUCGAUUAGCAAAGAAGCCAUCUGGUGAGAAGUCGUCUAUUUGUGAUUCUAAAAAAGCCGAGAAAAAAACGGAACAACCAGAACGCAUGGCCCACAUUGAUGAAGUAAAACCAUACGGAGAUACUGGAAAGAAAUCGGAUUGCGAUAAGAAAAAAACACAGCAUGAUAAAACCAAAGAGAGCACUUUCAAGAAAAAAAUUAUGAAAAUAAGCCUGUGCCCACGACCCUGGGCUAGGAAGAAAAAUGAUAAAAAAUGAAAAAAAACUCGUUGGCUUUGUAAUAUAAUUGAAGUUUUGUCAAA